AUGGCUGAUGCGGUCACUCGUGCUGAGUCGGUGGCGUCCAAGCCAUCCGAGGAAAAGGUUCCAUACGACGUCUCGGUCAAAGAAAGCGUCUCAGAUCGCGAUGCCGCUGCUGCUCAAUCCGAGGACAAUGGCGACUUGCAUCGGGCCCUCAAGCCGAGGCAGGUCUCCAUGAUUGCCAUCGGCGGUGCGAUCGGCACUGGUCUCAUCAUCGGUACUGGUUCUGCCUUGGGUCAAGGUGGUCCCGCUGGUGUCCUCAUCGGAUACGUCGUCAUGGGUUUGUGCUGCUUCGCCACGCUUUGCGCUCUCGCGGAGAUGAGCGCAUACAUUCCUCACAAGCGCGGAUUUCCUGGUCAUGCCACACGCUUCGUCAGCCCCGAAUUUGGAUUUGCGUGAGUGUUGGUUGUCGAGCGGGACAUUGCCGAGUCCUCUGAGCUCGAAGGUCAUUCGACUUACCUUGUGUUUCGCUGCACCGUGUGCCCAUAGUACCGGAUACAACUACCUCUUCAAAUGUGAGCAGCGUGAAGCAGGGUCACUAGAGCUCACGAACUUUUCUUUGCUGACAAUUGCUCCUCCCAUAACGCAGACCUGAUCAUCUUUCCCACCCAGCUUAGCGCCGCCGCGCUCCUGAUUACGUUCUGGACACCGCUCAAUCCCGCAGUCAUCAUCAGCGUCUACCUAGUCGUAUGCGUGUUCCUCAACUAUGCAGGCGUAGCUUGGUUUGGCGAGAUAGAAUUCUGGCUUUCGUUCAUCAAGAUCAUCGUUUUGACGGGAUUAAUUCUCCUCGCGCUCAUCCUCGAUCUUGGAGGUGGUCCAACUGGAGACUUCAUUGGCGGUCGCAACUGGAGAGAUGGAAGAGCGUUCCGCGAAUACAAGGCGGAGGGUGCCCUGGGUCGCUUCCUCGGCGUUUGGAGCUGUAUGACUACUGGUCUCUUCGCCUUCAUGGGUAGCGAGCUGAUUGGUGUCUGCGUCGGUGAGACAGCCAACCCCAGGAAAGCUCUGCCUUCGGCGAUCAAGAAGACUUUCUACCGUAUCCUCUUCUUCUACUGGAUCGGCACGACGAUGAUCGGUCUCAUCGUCCCUUCCGACGACCCUCGACUCCUCGGCAAAGGUGUUGCAAAGGGCACAGCAGCAGCCAGUCCAUUCGUCAUCGCAGUUGUCGACGCCCAGAUCAAGGCGCUGCCGAGCCUCGUGAAUGCUUGCUUGCUUAUCUUUGUCCUGUCGGCCUGCAACUCCGAUCUGUACAUCGCUGCUAGAACCCUCUACGCCAUCGCGUGAGUUCUGCAGCUCGUGCCUUCUUGGCUUGCCGGCUGUCACGUCACAUCUGUAUACUGACGCCUCCCUUGCCGAUCUCACCCGUCGUCCGCAGAGAGGACGGCAAUGCGCCCCGCAUCUUCCUGAAGUGCAACAAGCGCGGAGUGCCUUACAUGGCUCUUGGCUUCUCCUCAAUCAUCGGUGCUAUCGCGUACAUGAGUGUGAAUACCGGUGGAAAUACUGCAUUCGGGUACCUCAAGGACACCGUCACAAUUUGCGGCGGUGUCGCGUGGUGCAACAUCCUCUACUCUCACAUCGCCUUCAUGAGAGGCCUCAAGGCUCAAGGCAUUUCCCGAGAUAUUUUGCCCUACCGAGCGCCAUUCGCGCCAUACACAUCUUGGGCCGCUCUCAUUUGGGUGUCCAUCGUGCUCUUCUUCAAGGGCUUCGCAGCAUUCAUUGGAAAGUUCGAGUACAAGACUUUCAUCACCCACUACAUCGCUUUGCCGAUCUUCUUCGUCCUCUGGUUCGGCUACAAGUUCGUCUGCAAGACCAAGGUGGUCAAGCCUGAAGAGGUAGACUUUGCAGCUGCUCAAUCCUACGAUCACCUCGACGAGAAGGAGGACGAGGAGGUUGGCAAUCUGACCAUGAAACAGAAGACGAUCAAGUUCUUCAAGGAGUGGUAG